UUAUUGCUUACAUUAUACUUAUUUGAUCAAGGCAUUAAGAAUAUUACAUAUCUUUUAGCUGCCAUCCAAGCACUGAAAAGAAAGAAGCGAUAUGAAAAACAAUUACAACAAAUUGAUGGCACAUUAUCUACAAUUGAAAUGCAAAGAGAAGCACUGGAAAGUGCAAAUACAAACACCGCCGUUCUUACUACUAUGAAGGGGGCUGCAGACGCAAUGAAAGCUGCACAUCAACAUAUGGACGUGGAUCAAGUACACGAUAUGAUGGACGAUAUAGCAGAACAACAAGAUGUGGCUAGAGAAAUUUCAGAUGCCAUAUCUAAUCCAGUAGCGUUUGGCCAGGAUGCCGAUGAAGAUGAAUUAGAGAAAGAGCUAGAAGAACUUCAACAAGAGCAACUUGACAAAGAAUUACUUGGUAUCGAUACAACGACAGAUGAAUUACCAGCGGUACCAACUUCAGUUCCCGUUGCACCAAGCAAAACUCGUACAAGUAACUAU